UUGCAGUGAGCCAAUAUCACACCUUUGCACUCCAGCGUGGGCAGCAAGAGCAAAACACCAUCUCAAAAAAAAGAAGCUCAAAAAUGUUUUGAGGCUCCAGCAUAGGUUUACCUGAUUCCAACACCUCUGUGCUUCCCUUUGUGCAGCCAACUAUAUGCUGACCCAAGCCUUCUUGAAAUGAACUUCGUGUGUCUUACGUACCUUACAGGACAGAAACAGGAAAGCAGGGGGGCCACUUGGUGGUAACCAAGCCUUCUAGCUAGAGAAUGAAAUUACAAAAAGCACAGACUUUCCCAGCACAGACUUUGGGCAACUGUUUGAAAACAUUAAAAUAGGAUGGGACAGCACUCACUUACUCAAUGAUACUCAUCAAACAAAACAGAAAGAGGAUUCAGCUUGACCACUUAGGAAGCCCAAGGAAUGUUAUCUAGAUCUCUUGGAGGCCACAAGACUCAUCUUACAGAUGGGAAGGCCUUUGACUCAUCGUCCUCCUUUAUCCAGGCAGACACCAAAAACAGUUUCCUGCAAACUAACAACUCUCUGGUAAGUCUGCAGGAUUCUUAGGGAGAUCCUUACAAUGCAAUAUGCUCCAUGCUUAAUUUGUGUCCGGAAAGGCCUUGCACAAUCACUCACGCUUAUUUUUGCUCUAAGGACAAAUGAGGAGAAACAAGGUCUAAUACAGGCUGGAACAGGUGUGUCAACCUCAUUACAAUGGCCUGGGGGGUCAUGUCCCUGGAAUUGGUGCCACUUUGAACUGCCAACCCUUUAUCUGGAAACCACUUUUGUAGGACAGCUGCUCUCUCAUUCCUUUUGCUUAGAUCAUAAAAGUAGAGUUUUCAUCCAAUGGGAAUUUGUGUGUUGGAGGCAAAGGGAAUCAGAUUCUGAUCCAACUUGGUCAGGAAAAAUUAAUAAAUAAGGGCUGAUUUUUCCAUCCAAGUCAUGUAGUCUGGCUGGAGUGCAUCCCACUCAGGGACAGCUAUUGUCUGGAUUCACCAAGUCUCAGUCUUGCCCAGGAAAAAGGAAUUUUCCGCCUCACUGCUCUAUCCUUGAGAAGAGUUGCAGAAGGUGACCAUUUCUGUUGUCUGGGUGAUUCUCUUUCUCUAUAGAAAUCAUAAAAUGGAACCUUUAUAGAAAUUAUGUUCUGUGCUUCACUGGAGAGAGACUGGUCUUUUUAACCCGGCUCAUCAAACAGUGGGCAUUUUCGUUCCCCUGGAUAAUAAGUGUUGGUGGGUUAAUGGGUCAUCCUCAGGAGAGAGGUCAGAAGGAAAAACACUGCAGUGUUCAAAGCUGGAGCUAGAAAUGCCAGCCGUCAAAGGACACAGAACUCAGUGGAUGGUGAUGAUGUAUAGGACGUGCCCUGGUCAACCCCAUCUGAGAGAUCACAUCUAACCUUUAUCCUCAGCAAAGCCACUGAAGGUCGCUCAAUAUGUGUGACCAGCAACUCUGAGGCCCUGGUGAGAAGCUGUCCAGGAAAACCCUGGUGCGUGUGCUAAAGGGUUCCUUUUCACUAAGGGAGAAUUGUCUUCCAGCUCCUUGCAGACUGACAUAGCAAAGUACUUUGAACGUUGAAAAGAACAAAAAAAGCAAACAGCCACCAAAAGGAGGCGGGAGGAGAGGGAAAGAAAAAGGGACAGAGAGAGAGAGAGGUUAUCAGCAGGGGUGGUUAGUAAAAAGGGGCCCGGAGACAGAAAACCUUUUGUUCCCGGAGUUCGUUUCAUGUAGAGUUUGUGAGGUGAAUGGCUUUGAAACGAAAUGCGUUUAUGAAGGAGUUGCUAGGUCACAGGAAGCGCUACUGUCAGACUGCUUUUGUGAAUUCGGUUUCUUUAAAAUUUGGGUUAAUCUUAAAAAGAAUGCAUCUCCUUUUCCUGUUCUUUCUCUUUCUUUCUGUCUUCUUUUUUAGCGGGGGUUGCGGGGGGGUGGUGCAGAGUAAGGUUCAAGACGGUUCCCCACUUUCUAUUUUCCACCCUCUGAUAAUGCAAAAAGAAGCGAUCACAUUACAAGUUCUUUGUCAGUUUUUCAGAAUUAGGGGUGGGCAGGGCCUGAGCGUUACCUUGUCCCACUAGCCAAUGGUGGGGCGGCAUGCAAAUGAGGCCCGCGAUCAGCCCGCCGCAGUCACAACAGUGAGCUCAGAGGCUUGGGGAGGCGCUGCGAGUGACAAGCGGCUCUGCCCCGGACCUCCUUGCUUUCAUCCAGCGCUGCACUCAAUGGAGGGGCGGGCACCGCAGUGCUCAAUGCAGUCUAACUAGUGUGGGAAAACGGCUCAACCCACCCCUGCCGAAAUGAAGUAUAAGAAUCUUAUGGCAAGGGCCUUAUAUGACAAUGUCCCAGAGUGUGCUGAGGAGCUGGCCUUUCGCAAGGGAGACAUCCUGACUGUCAUAGAGCAGAACACAGGGGGACUGGAAGGAUGGUGGCUGUGCUCCUUACACGGUCGGCAAGGCAUCGUCCCAGGCAACCGGGUGAAGCUUCUGAUUGGCCCCGUGCAGGAGAAUGCCUCUAGUCAUGACCAGCCUGUGUCUGGACUGAUGCAGCAGACCUUUGGCCAACAGAAGCUCUAUCAAGUGCCAAACCCACAGGCUGCUCCCCGAGACACCAUCUACCAAGUGCCAUCUUCCUACCAAAAUCAGGGAAUUUACCAAGUCCCCACUGGCCACGGCACCCAAGAGCAAGAGGUAUAUCAGGUGCCACCAUCAGUGCAGAGAAGCCUUGGGGGAACCAGUGGGCCCCACGGGGGUAAAAAGGUGAUAACCCCCGUGAGGACAGGUCAUGGCUACGUAUAUGAAUAUCCAUCCAGAUACCAAAAGGACGUCUACGAUAUCCCUCCUUCCCAUACCACUCAAGGGGUAUAUGACAUCCCUCCCUCAUCAGUGAAAGGCCCUAUGUUUUCAGUUCCAGUGGGAGAGAUAAAACCUCAAGGGGUCUAUGACAUUCCACCUACAAAAGGGGUAUACGCCAUUCCACCCUCUGCUUGCCGGGAUGAAGCAGGGCUUAGGGAAAAAGACUAUGACUUCCCCCCUCCCAUGAGACAAGCUGGAAGGCCGGACCUCAGACCAGAAGGGGUUUAUGACAUUCCCCCAACCAGUACCAAGCCAGCAGGGAAGGACCUUCAUGUAAAAUACAACUGUGACAUUCCAGGAGCUGCAGAACUGGUGGCUCGAAGGCACCAGAGCCCAUCCCCGAAUCACCCACCUCCACAACUGGGACAGUCAGUGGGCCCUCAGAAUGACGCAUAUGACGUCCCCCGAGGCAUUCAGUUUCUUGAGCCACCAGCAGAAACCAGUGAGAAACCAAACCCCCAAGAAAGAGAUGGUGUUUAUGAUGUCCCUCUGCAUAAUCCACCAGACACUAAAGGCUCUCGGGACUUGGUGGAUGGGAUCAACCGAUUGUCUUUCUCCAGCACGGGCAGCACCCGGAGUAACAUGUCCACAUCUUCCACCUCCUCCAAGGAGUCCUCGCUGUCAUCCUCCCCAGCUCAGGACAAAAGGCUCUUGCUGGAUCCAGACACAGCUAUCGAGAGACUUCAACGGCUCCAGCAGGCCCUGGAGAUGGGUGUCUCCAGCCUAAUGGCACUGGUCACCACCGACUGGCGGUGUUACGGAUAUAUGGAAAAACACAUCAAUGAGAUACGCACGUCGGUGGAGAAGGUGGAACUGUUCCUGAAGGAGUACCUCCACUUUGUCAAGGGAGCCGUCGCAAAUGCUUCCUGCCUCCCAGAACUCCUCCUCCACAACAAGAUGAAGCGGGAGCUGCAAAGAGUCGAAGACUCCCACCAGAUCCUGAGUCAAACCAGCCACCACCUAAAUGAGUGUAGCUGGUCCCUGAAUAUCCUGGCCAUCAACAAGCCCCAGAACAAGUGUGAUGAUCUAGACCGGUUUGUGAUGGUGGCAAAGACAGUGCCCGAUGACGCCAAGCAGCUCACCACAACCAUCAACACCAAUGCAGAGACCCUCUUUAAACCCGGCCCUGGCAGCUUGCAUCUGAAGAAUGGGCCGGAGAGCAUCAUGAACUCAACAGAGUACCCACAUGGCAGCCCCCAGGUACAGCUGCUGCAUCCUGGUGACCACAAGGCCCAGGCCCACUCCAAGGCACUGCCCCCGGGCCUGGGCAAGGAGCAGGCCCCUGACUGUAGCAGCAGUGAUGGUUCUGAGAGGAGCUGGAUGGAUGACUAUGAUUAUGUCCACCUACAGGGUAAGGAGGAGUUUGAGAGGCAACAGAAAGAACUAUUGGAAAAAGAGAAUAUCAUCAAACAGAACAAGAUGCAGCUGGAACAUCAUCAGCUGAGCCAGUUCCAGCUGUUGGAACAAGAGAUUACAAAGCCCGUGGAGAAUGACAUCUCGAAGUGGAAGCCCUCUCAGAGCCUGCCCCCCACAAACAGCGGCGUGAGUGCCCAGGAUCGGCAGUUGCUGUGCUUCUACUAUGACCAAUGUGAGACCCAUUUCAUCUCCCUUCUCAACGCCAUCGACGCGCUCUUCAGUUGUGUCAGCUCAGCCCAGCCCCCACGAAUCUUUGUGGCACACAGCAAGUUUGUCAUUCUCAGUGCACACAAACUGGUGUUCAUUGGAGACACGCUGACACGGCAGGUGACUGCCCAGGACAUUCGCAACAAAGUGAUGAACUCCAGCAACCAGCUCUGCGAGCAGCUCAAGACUAUAGUCAUGGCAACCAAGAUGGCCGCCCUCCAUUACCCCAGCACCACAGCCCUGCAGGAAAUGGUGCACCAAGUGACAGACCUUUCUAGAAAUGCCCAGCUGUUCAAGCGCUCUUUGCUGGAGAUGGCAACAUUCUGAGAAGAAAAAAAGAGGAAGGGGACUGUGUUAAUGGUUACUAAGGAAAACUGGAAAUAUUAUCUGGUUUUUGUAAAUGUUAUCUAUUUUUGUAGAUAUUUUAUAUGAAAAUGAAAUAUUUUAACAUUUUAUGGGUUAGACAACUUUCAGAAAUUCAGGGAGCUGGAGAGGGAAAUCUUUUUUUCCCCCCUGAGUGGUUCUUAUGUAUACAUAGACGUAUCUAAGACAUAAACUGUACAGAAACUUGUCCACAUGCGUGUGUAUGCCUGUAUAUUCAUGUUUGUUUGUAGAUGUUUGUCUGAUGUAUUUCAUUAAAAAAAAAAAACGUGAGUUAAGAAGCACCUUAGUAAGCACCUUCUAAAGCUGCAUGUUUUUGUUGUUAAAAACAUGCCAGCUGGUUAUAAUAUUGUUCUCCAUGUACUUGUAAUGAUUCUGAGCCUAGCUCUGCCAAAUCUGGGAAGCACGUACAUUUGCAGGUGUUCACCUUCCAAAUGAUGAGGCACAGCAUGACUUAUUCUUGUUUUAAAAACUCUUCACAAUUGACCAUCGUAAACACACGAUCGCCAAGUGCCCAAAAGCCCUCUUGCAGAGCAAAUUUCAGAAUAUAUAGGUGAAUCCAAGCUCUGAUAUUUCAGGUGCUGGAGGGAGGACAGACCUGUGUGUUUAGAGGCCAGGACCACAGUUAGGGUUGGGUUGUUUCAAUACUGAGAGAGCUACAGUAAAAGGAGAGCAACUGCCCCCCUGGGGCUAUUGGAUCUUCUGCAUUUUUGAGCAAUUCUGCCAUGAGGUUUUCCAAAAGAUGUUUUUUGAGUUGUAAAAACUGUAUUUGCAGCAAGGAUUCACAAAGACAUAUCAGAUUAUGACUGUUCACCAAAACAGGGGAAUGGUUUGAUCUGCCAGUUGCAAGUAGAGGCCUUUCUGACUCUUCACAUUCACUUUGGUGCUACUAUCCCCAUUACCUGAGGAAAACUGGCCAGGUCCUUGAUCAUGGGACUAUAGAGCCAUCAGGACAUAUCCUGCUCUCUAAGGGAAUUUAUUGCUUGGUCUUGCACCUUCUUUAAAACUCACAUAUACAGACCUGACACUCAGAGUGGCUAGUUACACAGAGUCCAUCCAGUUUUUACACCUUCGUGUGACCAGUGUGUAUAACCCCUACCGCUAUGUCACAGGUAGUCACAGCAUCCAUUCCAUUGUAUGUCUCCUCACACCGGUUAGUAUUGACACAGCACAGACACCACAAGCCAUCAGGUUCUUCAUGGGGCAAGUGAAAUACUGCUACCCCAUGGGUAAAUGCAUUCACACCUUACCAAGAGAAGAAGCACGUUAUCUAUGAUCUUUUGGUCCAGUUCCUAUUUAGCAUUUUUAUUCCAGCCUGUUUGGAAACAUGUUUUUAUUUGCAUUAUAUGCCUGAUUGAAUUAAGCUUGCUUGUUUUAAACAACUAAAUCAUUAGAACAACAACAAAAAAAAAUGAUUAAAAAAACAAGAAUGUAUAAUCUCAGCGUGAUUUUAAAAAAAUCAGUGGAAAUAAAUGAUCAUAGAAGGUGCUUUUCAAAACAAUUGCUAUUAUAAUUUUCAAAGUCCUACUCUGCCAAAAAAAGACUAAAAGUCAUACGUUACAUGACAAGGAAAUGUGUAUGUGGGGAGAGGGUUGCUGAAAAUCAACAACACUUGAAGUUAAAAAGUGUGUCUUUGUAGAUUUCAUGGUAUGAUGUGUAUUUCUUAGGAGAUGGCUGACUUGAUUGAUCUACUCUAAGUGGAGACAUUUCGCAUUUUUAAAACCAAAAUCUUCAAUCUGUAUAACUCCUUGCCAUCUUGUAUGUAAAGGCUAUUUUUAAAUCAUUAAAUUUUUAGAUCUCUGUUUUCAUAA